UGUCCAAAUCUGGACAGAGUUCCCCGUCAAGCGGCAGAAGCUCAUAUUAUGAAGACAAGCAUGGGGACUCACUUGCCUCUCCAAAACACAAUAUUGGAGAAAGAUGCACAGAAAGGAUGGGAUUUCCUGAAGAGGUUAACUCUCCAGUGAAAUCAAGGGAAAAUACUUACAAACAAGAAGGUAAAUUGGAGGUUGGCACGUCGAGCAAGGAGUUGUUUCCUGCAAUGUCAAAGGAUGCAAGAGUAACCGGACAGAAGAGAAAACAAGUGAAGGUGUAUAGACCAAAAAAACAGGUGCAGGCCUUGGGAGAGAACAAAAUCUGUGAAGUUCCUAACAUGGCCUUAACACUAGGUGGACAGAAAGCUGGCGAUUGCGACCACAACCUAGUGAUAGCACCUUAUGGUGAGGAUGUUCGACUGGACUCCCACAAAAAGAUGAAAAUGGAACAAGGUUCCUUCCCAAUUGGAUCGGCGGAUCAGGCGGAGGCUGCAGCAGAGCAGCCCCGCCACACGCAAUGAUUCUCUUAUGUUGGAACUGUCGCGGUUUAGGGACGGACGCGACAGUCGGCGAGCUGCGAUGGCUCGUGAACAAACACCGUCCCUCCCUCCUCUUCUUAUCCGAGACGAAGAUGAGGGACUCCAGAGCUCGGAAGUUCAUGUGGUCAUUGGGAUACACAGGCUCUUUUGCGGUAAGCAGCGAUGGCUUGAGCGGAGGGCUCGUUCUAUUUUGGGACUCCUCUCUUUCAGUCACAUUGAAAGCCUACUCCACAAAAAUUAUCGACAUCAUGACCAAAUCAGAUGACGGUUUAGAAUGGAGAACUACCUUUGUGUAUGGGGAGCCCAAAAGAGAACUAAGACAUCUUUUCUGGGAUAGGCUCCGGUUCUUGAAAACAACUUGGUCAGGACCAUGGAUCUGUGUUGGUGAUUUCAAUGAAACUUUAAGUACAGAUGAGCACAUGGGGAUAAGGAACAGAGAUGAUAACCAGAUGAUGUUAUUCCGGGAGUGCCUUGACAAUUGCGGCCUCAUAGACUUGGGAUACUUUGGUCCAAAAUUUACAUGGUCUAAUAGACAAGAAGGUGGACACAAUGUCAGAGUGAGAUUGGAUAGGGCUGACGCAAAUGGGGACUUCAUGCAGAUUUUUGACGACUGUACAGUUGAGAACAUUAUCACCACCUCUUCAGACCAUUAUGCAAUUUUGGUGACAAUAGCGAAAAGUGAAGGCAAGGAACUCACCACCCCAGUCCAACAGUCAUUCAAGUUUGAAGCAGCGUGGAUGAGAGCUCCUGAUUAUGACCAAAUGAUUGAAGACAACUGGAAGACACACAAAGGACGCUAUCCGUCCCUUCAUAAUACUUGGUCUACUCUGUGUAAAUUAUCUAACAGCCUAAAAAUUUGGAGUAGAGAGUCUUUCGGCUCGGUUAAACAGGAGAUCAGAAAACUAGAAAAAAGACUAACCGCUAUCCGGAAGAACAAUGCUUUCAACAACAAUCCAUAUGAAGAGAGGGAAAUAGAAAAGAGAUUGUGUGAACUAUUUGAGAGAGAAGAGAUCAUGGCUAGACAGCGGUCAAGGGUAGAAUGGCUCAGAGAGGGCGACCGUAACACUUCAUUUUUCCAUGCCCGAGCUUCUGCAAGGAGAAGAAAUAACAAAAUAAAAGGUCUUUGGAAAGUUGAUGGAUCUAUGUGUGAGGAUCCAGGGGGAAUCAGAGGAAUGGUAUAUGAUUUCUAUUCCACACUCUUUACAUCUGAACCCACUUAUACAAUGGACAAGGUGCUGGAAGCCAUACCAACAAAGGUUAGUGAGGAAAUGAAUGAAGCUCUCUGUCGAGAGUACUCAAAUGAUGAGAUCAAGUAUGCGCUGUUCCAAAUGGGUCCGACCAAGGCCCCAGGACCAGAUGGUUUUCCGGCGCUUUUUAUCAAAAACACUGGGAUCUGUUGGAAGAGGACAUAUGUGCUGUUGUAAAGGAAUUUCUUAUGGGCCAUGACAUCCCGGAAGGUUUCUGUGAUUCGAAAAGAGAAGAAGCAGGGGAGCUGAAGGGCAUUUGUAAUGGUAGGAAGGGGCCAUCCAUUUCACAUCUCUUAUUUGCUGAUGACAGCAUUUUCUUUACUAGGGGAGAUGACAGAAGUCUUAAUGCUCUUAAGUCGGCGUUACAAACCUAUUGUGACGGUUCCGGGCAGAAGAUCAAUUUACAGAAAUCAUCCUUAUUCUUUGGCCCACACUGUGAAGAACUAGUGAAAGAGAGAAUAAAACAUUAUAUUGGGGUACAUGAUGAUACACUGCAUGCUACUUAACUUGGUAUGCCGACCUUGGUGGGACGUUCCCCAUCGAAUAGCUUCAACUUUCUCACUGGCCGGCUUUGGAAACAUCUAAAUGGAUGGAGCGAUCGGCCUAUAUCAAGGGCAGGGAAAGAAGUCCUCUUGAAAGCUGUAGCUCAGGCGAUUCCCACUUACGUUAUGAGCUGCUUUCAGAUCCCCAUUACAGUGUGUGACAAAAUGAGAAAGCCCAUAUCCAACUUCUGGUGGGGAUUUGAAAAUGGAAAGAAGAAGCUUCAUUGGAGAUCAUGGGAGUGGUUGUCUGCACCAAAACAUCUUGGUGGUAUGGGUUUUCGCGAUAUGGCGAUCUUUAAUCAAGCUAUGCUUGGGAAACAGUGCUGGAGACUUCUGACUGAACCUAAUUCAUUGUGUGGCCAAGUGUUGAAGGGACGCUACUUCCCUGAUGGGGAUUUCUGGAGUGCGCAAUGCCCAAGAUCAUCUUCUUAUACAUGGCGCAGUAUCAUGCAUGGCAAGAAACUGCUACAGCAAGGCCUUCUUUGGAGAGUAGGAGAUGGCAAAAGCAUAAACGUGGUUCGAGACAAUUGGAUUCCAGACUUGCCAUCUGGUAUAAUCUCCACAAUCUCCUCAUUAGAUGAGAAUCAAAUGGUUAAUUCCCUAAUGAAAGAGAAUGAACUAUGCUGGAAUGAAGACAUGGUAAGAUACCUCUUUCCCGAAGAGAUUGCUGGGAGGAUUCUUAGUAUCCCAAUAAGCUCUGGUGGUUGUACUGAUUUUCCAUCUUAGCCUCACACUAAGAGUGGAACAUACUCGGUGAGAUCUGCAUAUAACCUCGCCAGAUCAAAGAUAUAUUGGAAAGAUAGAAGCAAAGAGGCCAAAGGUGCGACGUCCAACCAAAAGGCCACGGAAAAAGCAUGGAGGUAAAUAUGGUCAAUUCAAUGUCCGAACAAGAUGAAGGUGAUUUUGUGGAGAAUGGCUCAUAAUAGUCUCCCUACAGGUAUUCAACUUCAAAUGCGAUCAAUCCCAGCAAGGUAUGACUGUCAUCUCUGUAACAGAGAGGAAAAUGUGGAACAUUGUUUUUUUCACUGCCAAUAUGUCAAAGAAAUAUGGAAGGAGUUAAAGGAAGAUUAUGGUAUUUGCCUAAAGCUAAUUUUUUUUCCAUAUCAGGCAAUGGUUAAUGGACUGGAUUUCUGAAGCUUCUGAGUUCCAGUCCAUGAUUUUUGUGGUGGCUGUAUGGCAUAUAUGGAAGAACAGGAAUUCAUGUCGCAAUGGUUCCAACAGGCGUGAGACAUCGACAUCAAUUCAGAAAUGGUCUCCGCCGCCGGAAGGCCUGCUCAUGAUCAAUGUGGAUGCUGCAAUUUUCUCAAAAUCUGGACGCGCUGGGUUCGGAGUGGUAAUGCGUGAUUAUAAGGGACUGGUGAGAGCUGCUUGUCGUGGUUUUCUUAAUCACGUAUACUGUCCUGAGGUUGCUGGAGCCUAUGCUAUACGCCAAGCACUCAUUCUUGCUGAAAACACAGGGGUCCAAAGGCUUCAGGUGGCUUCGAACUGUCUCUCUGUGAUUAAGAAAGUCCAACAACAAAGCAUGGAUAGAUCCCUGAUUGGUGCUAUUGUUUUUGAUAUUAAGAGUAGAGCUACAAAAUUUGCAUCCUGUACUUCUAGACAUGUUGUUCGUACUUGUAAUGAGGCUGCUCAUGUUCUUGCCAAAUCAGCAGAACACGACCCUGGUCCAUGUAGGCUGAAUGAGUGUCCUGAUAUGAUCAGGUCCAUUAUAUGUAAUGAACAAUUAUGAUAUGAAUGAAAAGGAGCUGCCCAUUUC